AUGUCUCAGAAACCAAAGCAUCUCUCUUUAGUUAUGUCUUCACUUCUAAUUCUUUUAGCCACUUUAUUAUUAUCUUCGUCAGCAGAGUCCAAAACCUUCUGGGGUGAUGUGAAAGCUCUCAAAGACUUGAAAAACUCAGUAGAUGCCAAAUCCAUGAGUCCAGGCUCUUGUCUGAGUACCUGGGACUUCUCCCUCGAUCCCUGCGACAAUGUCUUCAGCGACACAUUCACUUGCGGGCUCCGCUGCGUAUCGGGUCGGGUCACUGAGCUCAGUUUUGACCAGGCCGGUUACUCCGGCUCCCUCUCUUCCUUCUCCUUCAACCUCCCUUAUCUCCACACCCUCGAUCUCACCGGCAACUACUUCUCCGGUCCACUCCCCGACUCACUCUCCAAUCUCACCCGUUUGGAUUUGACGGCCACCUCCACACAUGUUGGGUCGGAGGAACUCCAAAAGAAUGAAGAAGAUGAGGAGCUUGAAGAUGAGAGGGUGUCUCUCACUCCGGUUGUUGAUGGAGAUGGUGACGAAGUCGAAAGAAGUGAUAAAAAAAUAGAACAGUUUAUUGGAAAACUCGUAUAA